AUGGCCUCCUAUCACUCCCAGCCCUACCAGAGCCAUGCCGCCCAACCCCGGCCAGUCCCUUCAUACAAUCCAGUUGCCGCGUUGAAUGCCCCCGCUGGGACCUUCCUACCGAAUACCAAAGUCCAGGUUGGUAGCCACCGAGUUGUCGUCGAGAAAUACCUCUCCGAAGGAGGGUUCGCCCAUGUCUACGUCGUACGCCUUUCGCAGCCCGUGGACGGCUCCGACAAGGCAGUCCUGAAGCGGGUAGCUGUUCCGGAUAAAUCUGCGCUUGCCAACAUGCGCACCGAGGUCGAGACAAUGAAGAAGCUCAAGGGCCACCGCCACAUCGUCAAGUACAUCGACUCUCAUGCGUCCCAACUCAAAGCCGGUGGAUACGAAGUAUUCCUUCUGAUGGAAUACUGUGCGGGUGGGGGGUUGAUUGAUUUUAUGAAUACGCGGCUGCAAAAUCGUCUGACAGAGCCGGAGAUCAUCAAGAUCUUCUCCGAUGUCGCCGAAGGUGUUGCUUGCAUGCAUUACCUCAAGCCUCCCCUACUGCACCGGGACCUGAAGGUGGAAAAUGUUCUCAUUUCUCAUCAUGGGAACUCCGUCAUCUACAAGGUUUGUGAUUUUGGGUCUGCUGCUCCGCCCCGCCCUGCCGCUACCUCGGCUGCAGAAGGGCGCCUGAUCGAGGACGAUGUACAACGGCAUACGACCUUGCAAUACCGAAGUCCGGAGAUGAUUGAUGUUUAUCGCAAACAACCGAUUGAUGAGAAGAGCGAUAUAUGGGCGCUGGGAGUCCUCUUGUACAAGCUCUGCUACUACACCACACCAUUUGAAGAAGUUGGACAGAUGGCUAUUCUCAAUGCCACCUACAAGUUUCCCUCAUAUCCUCCAUUCUCCAGCCGGCUAAAAAUGCUCAUUUCGUCGAUGCUCAAGGAGAGCGCGCAAAAGCGCCCCAAUAUUUACCAGGUACUCUUUGAAGUCUGUCGAAUGCAAGGAAGAGAAGUUCCAAUCAAAGACAUAUAUGCCCAUCGUUCGACGUCGGAAGCGCGCCGUUACCAGGAGCUUCCGCCAUCUCCAACAGAAGCACCGCAGCUUGGAGCCGUUUUCUCCCCACCUAUCCAGGAAACUCAGAUUAACAUCCCCGAGAUUGCUCCGAUGCGCCGUGGACGACCAACGAAGCCUGAUACGUCUCAGCACAACUCCGCUCGCCCAAGUCCGUCGCCCUUUCGCGGGGCAGGUACGGAUCCGUUCGCUGCGCUGGACGGCGGAAAACCACGAGAAUCGGCCGACGAGUUCUCGGAUAGGUUCCCCUCGCUUGACCAGUUCAAUAUAUUACAUGAGGCGAAAAGCAAGUUUGAUUUCGAGCCAACUGUCGCAGACCAGAACGAAGACGAAGGCCUUGCCAAAAGGCUCACUAACGCCCUCGCCGACGAGGCGUUUGCGAAGCGCUCGCCGCCACCGCGAGAAACUGCUUCGGAGCCUGUUAGUGGCCGCUCACAACCCCCGACGGUGAAGGCAUCUUCGCCAGUGGAAUACAGUCAAUAUCGCGAUGAGCCCUCACGGCAAGCACCGCUCUACCAACCGGCACCACAGAGGCCCACCAUGGUCUCCACUGGCACCAUGACCUCCCCACCGCAAAGUCCAGGACUGUCGGAAUUGAAACCGCCCAGCCGUCCAAUCUACCGGUUUCCAUCGUCGGAACAACAGCAGCAAACCGCAGACAAUGAGAAGAAGCAGUCCAGACCAGGCGUAUCGCCUGUCACAUCUUCAAAGCUGGAAGUGGAUCCGAGGAAGUCCUCGGACAGGCUCUCUAAUCUAUCAGCAUCCCCGCAACCCUCAAUGGAAGCUCUUCGACCGGAGGUUGACGAUUCUUUGCAUCGGUCGAGAUCUGCCAACAAUCGGUCUCGUCCCGUAUCGAUUCAUGCAGGCACCAAGUUUGAGCUUCCUCCACGGACCGCGGAUAGCGCUCGCUCAUCACUUGAUUUGCCAAGAUCACCUUAUGAUGUUGGAUCCCCGCUGCAGCACGCACGAACUGAGGUAGACUAUGACCGCAGUAACAUAUCAUCGGAUGUGGAUUAUUUACGGGCCAAGGAGGAAGAAUCUAAUCGGAAGCGCGAGAAGCGUUAUAGCGGUAGCUCCUCGAAACAUACGAAACGCUCCAGUCUCUCGACGCUGUCUCUUUCCGGUACUAAGACGCUACUGGCCGGUCGGUUUGGUGACGCCUUCCGCCGCUUCGAGGGCGGCCAAGACAACAAAGCUCAGUCUCCGGCCAAGGAAGAUUUCCCCAGGCCGUUACUGUCUCCAGUACCGGGAUCUGAAACAGCCGGUGAACCCUCCAACUACCCAGGUGAUGAUAAUGAUGAUGACAUCUCACCCGAGAUGCGCCGUGAGCUAGAACGCCGCCGUCUCUCACAGGAAGAAAAACGCGUGGCACAUGCUGCCGCGGAAUACCGCCGCCGGGUAGCCGAACAGGGGGAGGGAGGCCGGAGAGCGCCGACUGAUGCGACCCGAUCCCCUGCAAUACUUAAUAGGGUACAGACUCUGCUCAGUGAUGUCAGCAAGCCUCCACCUCCAAAGACAGCUACGGGGUAUGGGAGGUUUACAGAAACUUCCGAUCCUGCUUUGCAGGCAAAGCAGCCGGAGGUACAACCCCGACCGAGCACGCGGGGCGCAGCGCCUCCUUCAGUACCGAGGCAAGAAACAUCAUCAGCCGGGUAUGCAGCCACGCAGCGCACAGGACCGCGGCCUGCAGCACCUCCAAAGCCACAGAGCCUCCGCGGCGGUAGUACGGGCACAGACCCAACCGGCCCCAGCAGCUUUGACCGUCUCCAAAACCAGCACACGCAAGCGAACCCCACGAGCCCGGGCGAGGACUGGGAGAUGAACUUUAGCCGGCGGUUCCCCAGUCUGUCCGGGCUGGAAAUGGUCGAGACGGAGAUCGAGGCACCCAAAUUCCCAGCCGUUCGGACGAAGGAAGUGUAA